CUUUUCUCUCUCUUCCUUUUGCUUUUCUUUCCGUUUUUCCUAGAUAUAUCGGGACAUCCCCCGUAGACCUCGGUAGCAACCUGCAUUCACCCCUUGCUGCGUACGCGCAUUAGACUAUGGUCGUGGAUGAAAAGCAACCCGUGGACAACGGCGACCUGACGCCGGAGCCCUCGCAAUAUGGCACCGUCAACGAGCGCAAGCUCAUGGCCAAGAUCGACUGGCAUGUGGUGCCGUGCCUGUGUGUGAUGUAUCUCCUGGCGUUUCUGGAUCGUGUCAACAUCAGUAACGCGGCGGUCCUGGGCCUCGAAAGCGACCUCCACAUCACGACGGGCACGAAAUACAACACCGCCCUGACGAUCUUCUUCGUCCCAUACAUCAUCUUCGAGAUUCCGUCCAAUGUGUUGAUGAAGAAGUUGAAGCCGCAUACAUGGCUCUCGCUGUGUAUGUUCGGUUUCGGCCUCGUGAUGGUAUGUCAGGGUUUCGUGCAGAAUUGGGGGGGAUUGAUGGCCACGCGCUGGUUUCUGGGCAUGUUCGAGACGGGAUUGUUUCCUGGGUGCUUCUAUCUCCUGGGAAUGUGGUACAAGCGCAGCGAGGCUCAGAAGCGGUUUAGCUUCUUCUUCAGCUCGACGACACUGGCCGGCGCGUUUGGCGGGCUGCUGGCGAGCGGCCUCGGCAAGAUGGACGGGGUGCGCGGGCUGGCGGGCUGGCGGUGGGUGUUCAUCAUCGAGGGGAUCAUCACCUGUGUCGUCGCCAUGGGCUGCUUCUUCGUCGUGCCGGACUUCCCCGAGGACGUCAAGUGGCUCACCCCCGAGGAACGGGAGUUCCUGCGCGACAAGCUGGCGCAGGACGCGGGCAAGUCGGCAGUCGAUGUGAAGACGGGCUGGCGCGAUAUCCUGGCCGUGUUCAAGGAUUACAAGAUCUUCAUCGGUGGAUGGAUGUAUUUCGGCCAGGUGGUCACGGCUUACGGAUACGCGUACUUCGCGCCGACCAUCAUUAAGACGUUUGGCUACGGAGCCAUCAAGACCCAGUUCUACUCCAUCCCCCCCUGGGCCGCCGCGUUCGGCUUCUCGAUGUGCAUCGCCUACUUGUCCGAUCGCUUCCAGCACCGCUUCCUCUUCACCCUGCUGCCCAUGCUGGUCGCCAUGGCCGGGUUCGGCAUCCUCAUCAACAUCCACAGCACCUCGCAGCACCACAUCCAGUACGGGGCGCUCUUCCUGGUGACGAGCGGCUGCUACAGCGCCAUGCCCGUGCUCGUGUGCUGGUUCGCCAUGAACCUGGGCGGUCAUCGGCGCCGCAGUGUGGGAACCGCCUGGCAGAUUGGAUUCGGCAAUAUCGGCGGCAUCAUCUCCACCUACUCCUUCCUAUCGAAGGACGCCCCCUUCUACCGCAACGGCUACAUCAUCGGCGUCUCCUUCCUGGCCUUCUCGGCCGCCAUGUCCUGCCUGUACUUCCUGGCCAUCUGGCACGACAACCGCAAACGCGACCGGGCGAUUGCGGAGGGCACGGUCGAUCUGAACGCCAUCUCCGAGGCCGAGGAGGAGUAUAUGGGCGAUAUGGCGCCGACGUAUCGGUAUGCUUAUUAAUCUGCGCUCGAGUAUUAGUUAUGGGGGCUUUGCUUCUGGAUGAAUUUUUUUUGUUUCCUGUGUUGCACAAUAAUAAUGAGGAGGGGUUGGAGGCAUGAGAGCCGGCCGAUGUCGGCGUGUAUGAUUCAUGAAUG